UCUCUCUUAGCCAAAUUUACCCUGGGUCGCUCCCGAUAAGGCUGUGUUAUUCUGCACAUUGUGGGACAUCUACUCGAAAAAUAAAAAUGCUUGCUACGGUUGGAAAACAGCUUAGAACCCACCCAGCUCUUAUUCCCCUGUUCGUUUUCAUCGGUGGUGGUUGCACUAUGUGUAUGGCCUACCUGGCCAGGCUGGGUCUCAGAAGCCCUGACGUUUGCUGGGACAAGACGAACAACCCUGAGCCCUGGAACAAAAUGGCUCCAACUCAGCAGUAUAAGUUCUACCGCGUGAACCUGGACUACUCAAAGCUGAAGAAAGAAGGCCCUGACUUUUAAAUUCCUAUACCGAUCAACUGCUUCAAAAACAGUGCUGGACCAAAGGCUGAGAAAAAAACAUCUAAAUUUAAGGGCUUCCCACAUGGAAUGUAAAUCUCCCUAUGCACCCCUUCUGACCCAGACACUAUUUAAAGAAGCUGGAUCGCACGACACUUUGUCAAGUCCUGUUUGAAAGUUCUCUCCUUUUUGAAUCUGCUUUUCUAAAUCUGUUUUUUCUCAUUCUUCAUGGUUAUUCACAGCAAUAAAUGGAGAAUUGUCUCCCUGAAACAGA